AUGUGGCUGAUCCCAGUAUUUGUAUGCGUACAGCGUUACUGGUGGAGAUUCCUUCUCACAUGGAUCGUGUACUCUCUGUUUUCUACUGUCAUUUGGUAUAAAGCUACUCGACCUCAGAUAUCUGGUAAAACACCAAGUUAUGGCUGUUUUUUGUUCAGGUUGGUCUACAAGUGGUUUUUGUUUCUGCAUAAACUGAGUUACGUUCUCGGAAUCGCAGGCUAUAUUUUAAUUAUGCUUACACUGCUUGGCUUGAAUCAUAUUUUUGGAACGAAGCCAAGUGUACUGAUGGACGCCGGCCUGUUGUUGCUUUUUUAUGGUCUAUACUAUGGAGUGUUGGGCCGAGAUUUCGCUCAUAUAUGCACCGAUCGGAUCGCAUCUAAAGUUGGGGUACGUGAUUCGGCGCCUGUACCUUAUUUUGAAAGGGUCGUUUUUAGGGUAUCCAUCCUGCUGAUCCUUCAACUUCGUUUUUCAUAA